AUGGCCUCCGCACCCGAAGCCCCGACCGCCGCCGUCCCCACCGAAGCUGUCGGCGACGCGCCCGCCUCGUCUGGCGGCCAGAAGGUCGACCCCUGGAACGUGUCUGGAGAGGUUGGCGCGGAUGGCAAGGUCAAGGCGAUUGACUACAAGAAAAUCGUGGACGAGUUCGGAACGAAGCUGAUCGACGAUGCCCUCCUGGAGCGCUUCGAGCGCGUGACCGGCCACAAGCCGCACCACUUCCUCCGCCGCCAGAUCGUCUUCUCCCACCGCGACCUCGACCUCAUCCUCGACCGCGUCGAGAAGAAGGAGCCCUUCUUCAUUUACACUGGACGCGGGCCGAGUUCCGACAGCAUGCACAUUGGCCACGUUAUUCCCUUCCAGCUGACAAAGUGGUUGUCUGACGUACUCGAUGCGCCGCUGGUGUUCUUGUUCUCCGAGAAGAGGACGGUCGAGGAGGUCCAGCACUACACGAGAGAGAACGCCAAGGACAUCAUUGCCAUUGGCUUCAACCCUGAGAGGACCUUCAUCUUCUCCGACUACGACUUUAUGGGCGGUGCUUUCUACAAGUGGGCUUCACCCCUGAACCGCAGCUGCAAGAACAUUACCCGUGUGGCCAAGAGAAUCACCGUCAACACGGCCAAGGCCGUCUUUGGCUUCGACGACAGCUCCAACAUUGGCAAAGUCCACUUUGCCAGUAUCCAGGCCAGCUCGGCCUUUGCCAACUCUUUCCCCCACAUCUUUGGCGAGGACGAGAAGAGGACUACCCAGAUCCCGUGCCUCAUCCCUUGUGCCAUUGACCAGGACCCGUACUUCCGUGUGACGAGAGAUUGCGCCGCCGGCCUGCGCUACGCCAAGCCCUCGCUGAUUCACUCCCGCUUCCUCGAUGCCCUGCAGGGCCCCGGCUCCAAGAUGUCUGCUUCGAUCGAGUCGAGUGCCAUCUUCAUGAAGGAUACGCCUAAGCAGAUCCAGAACAAGAUGAACAAGUACGCCUUCAGCGGUGGCAAGGUCACGGCCGAGGAGCAGCGCGCCGAGGGCGCCGACCCCGAUGUCGACGUCAGCUACCAGUACCUCCGCUUCUUCCUCGAGGACGACGAGGAGCUCGCCAAGAUCCGCGAGGACUACCGCACAGGAAAGAUGCUCACCGGCGAGAUCAAGAAGAGGUGCGCCGAGGAGCUGGCUAAGUACUGCACCGCCUUCCAGGAGCGGCGAGCCAAGGUCGACGAGAGCACCGUCGACCUGUUCAUGGCCCGCCGGCCGCUGGUCUGGGGCGGCUCCGAGACCCUCAAGUCCCUGCCGAUCCGCGAGGACAAGGCCGCGGCCGGCGGCGAGGGCGAGGGCGGCGACGGCAAGAUGACCAAGAACCAGCUCAAGAAGCUGGAGAAGCAGCGCCAGAUUGAGGAGAAGAAGGCCGCCAAGGCCAAGGAGAAGGAGGCCGCCAAGGCGGCUGCUGGAGAUGCGUAG